CCUCCCGGAUGUAUACAGAUUCCUGCCCUUGAUGCUCACUUCUUCUCGUCUGUACGACACCAUGCGUCUACGCUUUCAUCCCUGAAUCGUGGAGAUGCCAUUGAGAUACAAGGAUCGGCUGGUUCAGGGAAAAGCCACUUGCUCUACCAUUUGCUCAUUACAUGUCUUAUUCCCAUCCUCCAUUCAGGCGUGGAACUAGGGGGCUGGGGAAAAGCUGCUAUUCUCUUUGACGCGGAUGACACUUUCGAUAUCCUGCGGCUUCGUCAACUCAUGGUGUCACGCAUCGCACGUACGCUUACGGGACAAGCAUCCACGGCACCACCUUUGAGCGAUACCACCGUCAGGAGUGCGGAAGAGGUCGCCGAUCCAUGCCUCCAUAACCUCCACAUUUUUAAGCCAACGUCCUCGCUUCAGUUGGCCGCGAGUAUCUUGCAUCUGCCCGCCUACCACGCCAAGCAUAUGCAAGACUCCGAGAUCGGGCUGGUCGUAAUCGACUCACUGAGCGCAUUCUACUGGUUGGAUCGAUACAGUGCGGAGCAGGCGCGCACAUCCGCUCGAUCCUCUACUCGGCCUUCUGCAAGCCCGCUGUCUUAUGUUUUGUUGGCCCUGCAACAUCUCCGCUUGUCACACGGUCCGGUCAUUGCCUACAGCAACUGGGGGCUGCAGCCCGUCUCGACCACGCAGAGUUAUGGACAGAAUCAGGGGGUAUCCUUGUAUAAACAACACCUGCACCCUCUUCAGUCGCCUUUCCUAGACCCUUCUAAUGAUACUUUCGGUCCGAGCUCUGGGACGACUACCCCAACACUGCCCCUGACGCAUCAUAUCACUCUGCCAUUCGUUCCUAUUCCCCCCUUUCCUCCCGAUAUCUCUCUUGCUGAUGCUCGGGAUCAGGAAGAGAAGUAUAGACGGCAGAUAAUUGAUAAGGGAGAGAUUAUGGCUAUUGCGAGGACAGUCGGUAGUCCGCUCAGUAGCAAGUUUAUCUUCACCAUCUCAAAGGAGACGGAUCCAGCGUCAGAACGCCCUGGCGCAUAA